CGUGACACGACGCGGAACUGGAGGGAGGAGAAGGAAGGGGGGCGUGCGGGCUGCCUUUGACAAGCGCAGCAUCACCCCUCAUCACAACAAAGGAUCCCGGCAGCAUGUCUAGACUUUGCGUUUACCUGCUGAUACCGGUCCUUUCGGAUCUGGUGUUCGCUAUUCAAUUCCACCUGCCGGUCAAUUCUGAAAAAUGUCUGCAAGACAACAUCAGGGAAAAUGCGCUGGUCAUAGGCGAGUAUGAAGUCAGCCAACAGCCAGAGACUAAAACUCGUUUGCAGAUCACUGGUGCUUUUGGUUUCAUGCUGUACACCAAGAACAAUGCCACAAAAGGGAAAUUUUCAUUCACAGCAGACAAUCAGGACCAGUAUUACAUUUGCUUCUACAGCAGAUCUCCAGUAGGCAGUGGGAGUGUCCCAGACCAACUGGUCAAGCUGAACAUGAAGCAAGAUGUGGAGGCAAAGAACUACAAAGAGAUUGAAAAAGUGGAGAAACUGACUCCCCUGGAAGCAAAGCUGAGACGCAUUGAGAGGCUCUCACAGUCCAUCGCAGACGGCUAUGUCUACAUGAAGAAACGAGGGAAAGAGAUGCAACAAACAAACGCUUCCACCAACACCCGAGUUUUGUACCUCAGCAUCAUCUCCAUGAGCAGUUUGAGUGCACUGGCCGUGUGGCAAGCUCUCUAUUUGAGACGAUUCUUCAAGGCAAAGAAGCUGAUUGACUAAAUAUGUUUUUCCAGCG